AUGGAGAUCGAGGUCAAGCUUGAAUCUCCACCAACUAAAACAUUAGGGACCUUGCGUCUUCAGGCGACGGGCACAAAUGAGAUCAUCCGCAUCCCAAGGCCUACGGAUGACCCUAAUGAUCCUUUGAACUGGAACCAGGCUUACAAGUAUUACAUGGCGGGGAUAUCCUCCAUGGCGAUUUUCCUUUGCACAUUCGUCUCUGCCGGUCCAGCCAUCGCUAUUGUCGACCAGGCCGUCACUUUCUUCGGCCCACCGGGUCCAGAUCUGCUCCACAAUAUUGCACGAACUGCUUACUUCUUCACGACUACGGCUCUGACAAUGGGCCUGAGCAAUAUAUUCUGGGUGCCGAUGGCUAUCAAAUAUGGGCGAAGAGUUGUCUAUCUGGCGUGUUUUGCCUUGUUCAUCGCAACGAUUGCUUGGGCCGGAGCUGCCAAAAGUUACGGGAGUGCGCUGGCUGCAAGGAUCUUGAUGGGCUUCGCUGCAGGACCCCCUGAAGUCCUCGGUCCUCUGACGAUCUCAGAUAUUUUUUUUCUCCACGAGCGUGGCGCCAUGGUGGUCAUCUACACCUGCAUGCUCAACCUUGGAGCUGGCCUCGGAACCGUCGUUGACGGUCUGAUUACCAAGGACCUGUCGUGGCGUGUCAUAUAUUGGGUCGCUGGCAGUCUUGUCGGCUUUGUCUGGCUGUUGAUGCUAUUUACAUUUCCCGAGACGACAUAUCUUAGAAGCGCGGGAGCGUUUGAUGAAGCGCCGUCCACUGUUGCCAAGGAGCCAUCAGAACUGUCCGUCGUGGCCAUCGAACAUGCGAGCGAGACCGGAGAGAGGCCAGCUGCUGGCAGGAAACUCACCUAUCUCCAAAGUUUGCGACUCGUUCCAGCGGAGCCCUAUACCCAAGAAUCGUUUAUCACGCUCGGAAUCCGACCCAUCGUUUUACUUAUUCUGCCGGCCGUCUUGUGGGCAACUUUGGUCAUGUCCGUUUGCAUCGGUUUCUUCGUGGCCGUUUCUUCCAACCUCGCCACGGCCUACUCAGUCACUUAUAACAUGCAAACCUGGCAGGCCGGACUGUGCUGCGUCUCAAUCAUCGUCGGGGCUUUACUUGCCGUAUUCUUCGGCGGUAAGCUAUCAGAUUUGGUUGCCAACUCCCUCACAGCUCGAAAUUCAGGUCUUCGAGAACCGGAGAUGCGUUUGCCGGCCAUGGCACUGUCCGUGAUUACCGGCCCACUAUCGCUCGUGCUCUACGGGGUUGGAAUUGAGCAGCGACUCCACUGGAUCUGCCCGACAAUUGGUGUCGGAAUGUUGACCUUUACCAUUGUGCAAGCCGCAAACAUUGCUCUAGUCUACAUGAUCGACUGUUACCGUCCUAUUGCAGGUGAGGUGACGGUUGCCAUGUACGCCUUCAAAUCUGCUUUUGGAUUCCUUUUGAGCUUCUAUACCAAUUCAUGGAUCGAGAAGUCCGGCUACGGCAAUGCGUUUGGAGCAAUGGCCGGGAUCACCGGGGCGGUACUACUUGGCGUCGUACCAUUUUAUUUCUUCGGCAAGCGCCUGAGACGGUUGACCUGGAACUGGGGAAUUAUAAGAGCUCUGGCUCAUUGGGAUAGCGACCGUGAGGUUGGCGAGUAA